AUGGACUCUAUUACAGAGACAGCGCAAAGAGAGAAGGAUGUCGAUUCGACGAACUCUGCCAAGUGGAAGGAUUUCGCUUUGGACCGAGUGAUCAGAAGAGUUUCAAAAGUCAUUGAAGCCAACACUGCUCGCACAGCGGCGGUAGAAGGUUUCGCCACCGAGAGAGCGUCUGUGGUUGAGGCUAUGAAUCCUGUCGCUGUGCGCCAGGCUGCCGAAGCUACAGUUAAGGAGACUGGUGAACACUCUUCACUCUGUUCACAUCAUGUCUCCCAGAGCUCAUUUGCCACCACUUCUAUCAAAUCUAACAUCGUCGACACCCUUUCCCAUGAACAUAUCUUUCCGGCAUCAUCGCGUUCCCUCAUCCAACAAGUUUUGGAACAAGAUCUGGGGCUCACUUUGAUGGAGGAGCUUGUCAACGCUGCCCAGACGGGCAUGGAGGCGCAGGUAGACAAGAUGGGCGAUACUGUCAACUUGCUCGCACAGGGAGGAGAUACAAUAGGCCCAAAUUUGACAGGGGCAUAG